AUGGAAAGCUUCAACCCUAUGCCGGCGCUGCAAACUGGCGCCGACAACUCCGCGGGUGACGCGAUGAGUUUGAAUCAUGCACAGGGUCUGGGUAUGGACAGUUUUGUCCAGGACAUUCCCUUUGAUGAUUAUUCUCUCAUUCAAAAAGACGUGACUCUCAAAAUAUAUGUAUGGGUAUAUGAUGGCGAGCGCGGUGUGUCGAGAACACGCGACCACGACCGAGGAACUCAAGCUAACGACGCCACCCGUGCCGCUUGCAGAGAUGCUGUAAAUGGAAGCAUGGCACCGAUGCCAUUCACCGCUUCAUAUGAUUUUGACAACUUCACCACCUUCGAAGACCCCUUCUCAUACCCCGCCCGCCCAUAUGAGGAAGUUGUACCUGAUUCCGAAGUCAUAAACGAAACUACAACACCCGACCAACUAGAUCACAAGCUGCUUGGCUUCUCCGCGCCCAUUCUUAAAGCUUCAUUAAUUGACGACAGCGGCCAAUUCGCCGAAAUCUCCAUGACUGCCGAGUUAUAUGGCAUGUUCUUCGUCGCCGAGGACGUCUUCGCGGGCGAGAAUACGGGCCGUCCUCUCGAACUUACUUGUUACCGACGAAACCUGUGGCAGUGUUCUGGCCAAGUUAGUGUAUCAAGGCCUGUUAGUCAAGUUAUCAACGAACAGGGCACCAGAGAACCCAUCACGGAACUAGUCGCCAGUAUUACAGCUAUUGAGUCCAUUGAUGGGAAGCCCACUGAGAUCAUAUUAAUACCGUGGAAGAGCGCUCCUGAAGACAGCAAGAUAGCAGGAGCUCCGCCGAAUAUACCGCUCGAUAUGGGUUCCCUUUUAGAUGCUGAGACAGGUGCUCCUGUCGGGCUACCCAUCUCCUGGAAGAGGCUCCAAUUCAAGCAUGCGACAGCAAAUAACGGGCGGAGGAAAGGUCUCCAGCAGCAUUACGUUGUACAAAUCAACCUUCUCGCCAAGUUAAAUUCGGGAGAGUUUAUAAAAGUGGCCGAGGUCCAGUCUGGCCCUGUGAUUGUGCGAGGCAGAAGCCCGAGGAACUUUGAUAGCCGACGAGACGUCCCUCUCAUGGGGGACAAGAAGAUGGAGAGGAGAGGUACGAACGCGAGCUCGAGCGACGCAUCGGUCAAGGCCGAAAAGGAGUCCCUCGUACAAACACUCAAGAGGUACCAUCCGCUGGGGAAUCCCAGAGCCGAGGACUGGCCGCAGCCUUAUACUAUACCCAAUCAGGGGCCUCACCCAGCCAAGAAGCUUGCCACGUCACCGAAUCUGCAGCGGCCGCCAAUCCCAGCAUGGUCUACAGAUGCGCCGGCCCGGAAUUCGGGAGCUGGAGCUACACCAGCUCGCCACUCUGUUUCGACGGCACAAAGGAACAACUCGCUCCGUCCUGCAUCAUCGGUUCCGCUAAGCCUAUCCUUGUCUGAGGACGAGAGGAGUCCCGGAAGGGGAAGCACGGAGACGGCGAGUCCCCAGCAACCGAAGCCGUCGGGGAAGAAUGCGCAAAAUCCAACCCAGACUCCAAUGGAAGAAGUGGAUAUGCUCUAUGAAUACUUUCCGCUCAGCGUUGACGACUGGUUGCCGCCGGUAGAAGCUAUAUAUCGUCCGCAUAUCGUUCACCAUACAAUUGUGCCGCCCGAAGUGAAGGCUCAACAGAUGCGAACGAAGAAGAAGCUGUAUUUUUUGGCUGAGUGA